AUGCUGUCUACUCUUCGCAUCGCCAGCCGCCAGGCUACCCAGCGCACGACCCUUGCCGCUGCUGCUGGUCGCGCCGCCGCUUCCACCUGGGCCAAUGUCCCUCAGGGUCCUCCUGAUGUGAGUCUGGUUCCUGCUCGCGCCGCUCGGCGACAAAUUCUAGCUCGGCUGAAAACCCUGGCCAUUCUCGGCAUCACUGAAGCUUUCAAGGCCGACAGCUUCGACAAGAAGAUCAACCUCGGUGUUGGUGCUUACCGUGAUGACAAGGGCAAGCCCUAUGUCCUGCCUUCCGUUCGCGAGGCCGAGCAAAAGGUUAUCGACGAGAAGCUGAACAAGGAGUACGCUGGCAUCACCGGUGUCCCCGAGUUGCCUCCCCUUGCCGCCAAGCUCGCCUACGGCGAGAACUCGUCAGCCCUCGACCGCCUCGCUAUCACGCAGUCCAUCUCAGGCACCGGCGCGCUGCGCAUCGGCGCCGACUUCCUCGCCCGCUUCUACCCGGGCGAGAAGAAGAUCUACAUCCCCACGCCGUCCUGGGCCAACCAUAAGGCUGUCUUCACGGACGCUGGCCUCAAGGUCGAGCAGUACCGCUACUACAACAAGGACACCAUUGGUCUCGACUUCGAGGGCAUGGUCGCCGACAUCAAGGCCGCGCCGCGCGGCAGCGUCUUCCUCUUCCACGCCUGCGCGCACAACCCCACCGGUGUCGAUCCCACGCAGGAGCAGUGGAAGCAGCUGGCCCAGAUCACCAAGGAGCAGGGCCACUUUGCCUUCUUCGACAUGGCCUACCAGGGCUUCGCCAGUGGCAACAUCGACCAGGACGCCUUUGCCGUCCGCCACUUUGUCGAGCAGGGCCACAACAUUGCCCUCUGCCAGUCUUUCGCCAAGAACAUGGGUCUCUAUGGUGAGCGUGUUGGUGCCUUCUCCAUUGUCUGCGAGGAUGCCGCCGAGAAGAAGCGCGUCGACUCGCAGCUCAAGAUCAUCAUCCGCCCCAUCUACUCGAACCCGCCCAUCCACGGCGCCCGCAUCGCCUCGACCAUCCUCGCCGACCCCCGGCUGCGUGCGCAGUGGCUCGACGAGCUCAAGGGCAUGGCCGACCGCAUCAUCACCAUGCGCGCCCUGCUCAAGGAGAACCUCGAGCGCCUCGGCUCCAAGCACGACUGGUCCCACAUCACCUCCCAGAUCGGCAUGUUCGCCUACACCGGCCUCAGCGCCGACGAGAUGACCAAGCUCGCCCAGGAGUUCUCCGUCUACGCCACCAAGGACGGCCGCAUCUCGGUCGCCGGCAUCACCAGCGACAACGUCGGCCGCCUCGCCGAGGCCAUCUUCAAGGUCAAGGGUUAG